UGACAUUCAGCUGACCAUUUAGUUUUCCUAGGGCAAUAUACAUGGUCCUUUAGUAAAUUAUGAAAGAUUUUGACACUGCUGCUGUCACUGCAUCUAAAGAUAAUCUUGAUAUGAAAUCUAACAACUCUACAGAAAAGUGUUUCUUAUAUAAUGUUAUGAUUAUACAUUCUUUUGUAUGUUUUUACUUGUGAUAUAUGUGAUAUAUGUUAUAAUACUUAUGCACUUGGCUUGAAAUAUUUUGUCCUGGGAAAUGGAGCUUUUCAUGUCUCCUCAAAAGCCAUGUUAUGCCACAAGCUUGAAUGAGUUUAAUUUUCACAAGGCUUGCUAAAACUACUCUAAAGUAGGGCUGUGACCAUAGAAAUCUUAGCAAUGCAAUGCCUGUGUGGUGCUGUAUGAAGAUUACUUGUUGCAUUUUCUUUGUUUGGCAUAAAAUAUGUAUCAUUAAAAUAAGGGAUGCCUAUGACUACAUGUUCUAGAACCAUUUAUCAAUAAUUUAGCCAAGAACUUGUAAGUAAUACCAAACCUCUGGUGUUGCGCCUUCAAAUAAAUUUUAAUCAGUUACACAUAUCAGCGUUGAUUGGUCUAAGUAUGAGCCUGUCCUUUUUUGAAGAAAAACAAUUUUUCCUUUACCUUUUGUAGCUUUUGGAUGGUUUUAUCGGUAUGAAGGGAAAUUUCCCACAAUUCGUAAGGUACAAAGUUUGAAAUGUGAAUUUGUUUGCUGUGUGUGUUUGAAUUGGAAUUCCUCAUUUUUCUUCUUCUCUGUUAUUAGUAAACAUUCUUUAUAGUCAAAUGUUCCUUAUUUUAGUGUGUGUACAAAUUAAGAUGCCUUUGGGAUGCAUGUGUCUAGGACUUGGUCCUUCAGGCUCUGGGUUCUGCCAUGGGCAGAGGGAAUUGUAUAACAAUACUUGGCAGGUUUUCAUUACAGGUGGGCAGUGCAUGUCCUCAUGUUCUCCAAUCGUGUAUAUAAAAACAGUAGAGACAAAAAUUAUCUGAUUAUAGCUUUGCAAAUCUCCCUGUAAGAGGAGUGCUGCAGGCAAAAGGCUUUUAGGCAUAUACAUAGCAGUAAAAAAAAAAAAAAAAAGUUAACAAUCUUUAAGCUGAUAGAAUACUUCUGUACAGAAUACUGCUGAAGUAUUGCAAUUUCAAUUUAUGAGAGUUUCGAAUAAUAUUUCAUACUUGCUGUUGCUUCCUUCUCUUUAUUUCUUGCAAUUUAUGUAUAUUAGCCAUGUUAUAGGGGGAUUGCUGUUGUGUUGUGUGCUUUAGUGGGUGGGUUUUUGGUAACUAACUGUGAUAAAAGUGUCAUGAAGAUUUGGUGUGUGUAUCUGGCAAGAACUCAAGGAUUCGGAGGAGGUCAGGAUUGUUUCUGACAGAUGAAGUAUUUGUGUCACUGUUUAGGACUAUUGCUUUGACCUUCUGUGUGCCCAGGAUAUACCUGUUCCCCUUAAAAGAGAUUAGGAGAAGAUGGUGCAUUCCAAUAGCUUUUUGUACUGCUAGUGCUAAAUCAUCAUGGAUCUGUAACCUGUGUGAAAGCCAGGGCAGUUAGGAUUUUUAUCUGAAAAUUAUAGAUGUAUACUGUGGAAACUCUUCACACAAAGAGGGUAAAUUUUGUGUUGCUGCUGACAACUGUAGUUCAGAGAAUGCCCAAAUACCUCUUCAUAUACUAAUGAUCUUAACACAAUUCCUGUUGAACUUUACCAUACUGUGCACACUGGAAACUUGAAAAGUUUUAUUUUUAAUCAUUUGCUUUUGGCAGUGAUGAAUUUUUAUCCUACUCCCUAUUGCUAAUGAUUUUUUGUUUGUUUCAAAACCAAAAUUUCACUCUGUACUAAAAAUGUCUAUAAUAGGAAGUAAACUGAAUCCAUGGGGAAAAUUGUAGGAAAGGAUGAAUCAUCCUGUUGUAUCUGAAUGCUGUGAGUUCAGCUAAGACAGUCAGAUAUAUGUUCAUGUUCUAGAAGACUUUGGCUUUUGUACUGCCUAGAGUGCCUUUGAAUUUGGUGGUUCUUCAAAUGUUGAUACCUAGCAACUUGACCUGCCUAAUGUUAAACUAGCAGACAGUAUUAAAUGUAUCUUUGAAUUUUUAAGAGGAUGAUACUGGCAAUUGUUGUUAAGGUGAAAACUAAUUAGCCCUGAAUAAAACAGACCACAGAAUUAGGCUUAUGUUAAAACAUAAGUGUGAAAAUCUAGAUUUUUUUAGUUAAGCUUUAUCUCCAAUGUUUUUGGGGCUCCUUUUCCCCCUGCUCCCCUCCCUAAAACACCACCACCACGUAACCAUGAAGCAAUAGACCAUAUCCCACUGAACUCAGCAGUACAAAGUUCAGUUAACUGCUUGACUGGGGGAAUUGGCUUCUGUAGCUGCCAGGGAAAAUGUCUGUUCUCCAAGGCUUUGUUAUCAAUAUUAACGUGCAAAAAGUGAAAGGAAGACAAAUAAUGCAAUUUAAUGUGAAGCAGUUCGUGGUGGUUUUGGGAAUUCAAAGCAAGAAAAGUCAAUAGCUGAUGAUGAUGGCAAAGCAGAAAAUCAAACCUGAAGCACACCCUUUCUGGCUGGGGAAGUAAUUGUCAAUAAGUGCCCACCUGCUCCUCUGUUUUACUUUUCAUAAAUAAAAGGAGAACAUGGCAUUUGCAAAAUGAACCAAGUCCUACCUGUGCAAAUGUGAAAGGGUAGCAGAAAAUGUGACAUCACUAAGGAAGAAAUAAGGAGCAGUGUGUGUUUUGAAGACAACGGAAACAGAGGCUUCCAAAAGACUAUGUAGCUUUUCCCCUUGUUUGUAUCCUACAUCCAAAAUUUUAGAGUCACUUUGUGCUGUAUUAUUUAACUCAUCUGAGCAGAUUUUACUCAGCGUUUGUAGGAGCUGCAUGGUCUUUGUGAUGCACUGUUCCUUCUUGGAAGCAACUCACUUUCUGCACUGAUCUAAACCUUUCCUUUGUAAUUCCUUAUUUCAGUUUUAUUAGGGGAUGCAAUGCUUAUUCUAGGGCAUAUGCAUGAAGCUGUUGUAUGCAUGGACUAUGCACAUCUACCUAUACAUGAGCAUCUGUCACCUGAAAGUAAUCAUUCAUAUAUUUAUACAUAAAUGCCAAAACAGAGAGAUGGAAAAUCAAGACCCAACCAGAACUGUUUGAAUAUGCACUUUUGUAAUGGGCCUGUGUGCCCUAAAGUUGUAACUUUGCAGAGGAACAAAAAAGUUGAAUUCUCUUAUCUCAUCCAGCUUAUGUUAGGGGGGCACAAGCCCUCCAAAGUUUACUUUCCUGCAAAUUUCUGUGUAAGUGAACUUUGGAUUUUCUUUUAAAAAACCAUCUCCAUACCUGCAUAGACUGUAAUUAAUUUUUCAAGGCAGACACUCAUGUAACAAGAUCAAAGUUUGUCGUGGUUUUAGUGAUGUAAAAAUUUUUGUCACAAAACCUUCCCAGAAGGGGAAAGAAAGAAAGAAGUCAAAAAGUGAUAGUUUUUGUGAACAGAAGAAGAAUAAAAAGGAAAUGGAGUUUGAGCAAAAACUUGCCAAGGAGAAAGAAGGAAUGCUGGAGAAAGAAAAACAAUUGAAAAUAAAUCGUCUUGUGCAAGAGGUAUCUGAGACAGAACGAGAAGACCUGGAAGAAUCAGAAAAGGUGCAGCACUGGGUGGAAAGACUUUGUCAAACACGAUUAGAACAGAUCUCCUCUGUGGAGAAUGAGUCUCCUGAGCCUGUGAGUGGGCGUCCUUCUGCCCCUCCCUCUGCCACCUCGAUGCGGCGCUUUGCCGGGGGCCUGCAGCUGCACACCACGGAUCUCGAUGACAUCAACUUAGAUGAAGUUGACAAACCCAAACAGCGCGCGCCGCCGCCUCCGCCGCCACCGCCUCCCCCCAGUGUUACCCCAGCACCACCAGCUCAGCCAUCUCCUGCCUCAAAUGCUCCACGAGGUCCAGCCCUGUUGGUAACACCAGCUUCCCAGGUGACCUCGGGAUCUGUUUGGAUGCAUGCUCCUUUAUCAUUCCCCUGCGUGCUUCCCUGCCCUGAUCCAUCACCAACUUUGUCCACUGGACCUAACCUUCUGCCUCUGGCAAUGUUAAAAGAGGGAAUGGGGUGGAUUCUUCAUUUUUUUCAAUAGUGAAUGCAGGCCAGAAGUAGUUUUAUUUUAACAUUUUUUAAAUGUAAAUCAGGAGGAGUUUGCUCUCCUGGUUGCAUACCUUGUAACCCUAUUACCUGCAGAUGUACUAAGCAGAAUGUAUCAGUUAAAAG